UUACGCACGAGUUUGAGCGUGUAGCAUUGCAGCAUUUCCUUGUUCAUAGUGUGAGAAGAAGCAAUACAAUGAUGAUGAUGAUGACGAUGAAUCAAACGGAGACGCAGUACAACAACGGCUACGUUCAGGAGGAGUACAUGCUCCAGGAGGAUGAGUGGGACCGCGACCUGCUGCUCGAUCCCGCCUGGGAGAAACAACAGCGCAAGACUUUUACGGCGUGGUGCAACUCACACCUACGUAAGGCUGGGACUCAGAUUGAGAACAUAGAGGAGGAUUUUCGUAAUGGACUCAAGUUGAUGCUCCUUCUUGAAGUCAUCUCUGGUGAAAGGCUGCCUAAACCAGACAGAGGAAAAAUGCGAUUUCACAAAAUAGCCAAUGUGAACAAAGCCCUGGAGUACAUCACCAGUAAAGGAGUAAAGCUGGUGUCCAUAGGAGCAGAAGAGAUCGUUGAUGGAAAUGUAAAGAUGACUUUGGGAAUGAUCUGGACCAUUAUUCUCCGCUUUGCCAUUCAGGAUAUCUCGGUGGAAGAAACCUCUGCUAAAGAAGGGCUCCUACUGUGGUGCCAGAGGAAGACGGCUCCAUACAGGAACGUCAACGUGCAAAACUUCCACUGCAGCUGGAAGGAUGGCCUAGCCUUCUGUGCCCUUAUACACAGACACAGACCAGACCUGAUUGACUACUCCAAGCUCAACAAGGAUGAUCAUCUAGGCAACCUGAACCUGGCACUGGAAGUUGCAGAGAAACACCUUGACAUCCCCAAAAUGCUGGAUCCAGAAGACAUCAUCAACACCCCAAAACCUGAUGAGAGAGCCAUCAUGACCUAUGUGUCCUGCUUCUACCAUGCUUUUGCUGGAGCCGAGCAGGCGGAGACCGCUGCUAACAGGAUUUGUAAAGUUCUUGGGGUCAACCAGGAGAACGAGAAGUUCAUGGAAGACUAUGAAAAACUGGCCAGUGAGCUGUUAGGUUGGAUCCAUCGCACCACCCCGUGGCUGGAAAACCGGUCUCCAGAGACCUCAAUGGCAGCCAUGAGGAAGAAACUUGAAGAUUUCCGUGGCUACCGUCGCAUUCACAAGCCGCCAAAAGUGCAAGAGAAAUGCCAGCUGGAGAUCAACUUUAACACGCUGCAGACCAAACUGCGCAUCAGCAACAGGCCUGCCUACAUGCCCUCUGAAGGGAAAAUGGUGUCGGACAUUACAAGUGCAUGGCAGGGUUUGGAGCAGGCAGAGAAAGGCUAUGAAGACUGGUUACUGAGUGAACUUAGACGCCUGGAGCGUCUUGACCACAUGGCUGAGAAAUUCCAGCAGAAGGCGCUCACCCACGAGAACUGGGCUAAAGGUAAGGAUGAGAUCCUGAUUCAGAAGGACUAUGAGAAGGCAUCACUGACAGAGGUGCGGGCGCUGCUCAGAAGGCAUGAGGCAUUCGAGAGCGACCUUGCCGCACAUCAAGACCGGGUGGAGCAGAUUGCUGCCAUUGCACAGGAACUCAAUGAACUGGAUUACCAUGCGGCAGCCGCCAUUAACGAGCGUUGUCAGCAGAUCUGUGAUCAGUGGGACCAGCUAGGAACUUUGACUCAGAAACGGAGAGAGACCCUGGAGAGGACAGAGAAAUUGCUGGAGACAAUCGAUCAGCUCUUCCUGGAGUUUGGUAAAAGAUCUGUUCCAUUUAAUAACUGGAUGGAGGGAGCCAUGGAGGACCUACAAGAUAUGUUCAUAGUGCACAGCACAGAGGAGACUGAGAACUUGAUUUCUGCCCAUGACCAGUUCAAAACGACGCUGCCUGAGGCAGACGUGGAAAGACAGGCUAUCCUGAACAUCUACAGUGAGGUGCAGAAAAUCACCCAGGCUUACAACAUCUCUCCCAACCUCACCAACAUCUACUGCCAACUCACCCCAGCUGAGAUCAGCUUCAAAUGGGACACGGUGAAGAGACUGGUCCCUCAAAGGGAUGCUGCAUUACGGGAUGAGAUGUCCAGGCAGCAGGCAAACGAGCGCCUCAGAAGGCAGUUUGCGGCCCAGGCCAACGCAAUCGGACCCUGGAUUCAAGCACGUUUGGAGGAGAUUGCACACUGCUCUGUGGAUACAGGCGCCACUUUAGAGGAUCAGAUGAAUCAGCUGAAGCAGUAUGAGGGUAUGAUCAUCAACUACAAGCCCAACAUCGACAAGCUGGAGGGAGAUCACCAAUUUAUCCAGGAGUCACUCAUAUUCGACAACAAACACACCAAAUACACCAUGGAGCAUAUCCGUGUUGGAUGGGAGCACCUCCUGACCACUGUGGCUCGCACCAUCAAUGAGAUCGAGACUCAGAUCAUGAUCCGUGAUGCCAAGGGCAUCAGUCAGCAGCAGCUCACCGAGUUUCGCUCAUCCUUCAGCCACUUUGACAGGAAGAAAAAAGGAGGAAUGGACACUGAUGAAUUCCGGGCAUGUCUCAUCUCUAUGGGUUAUGAUCUGGGCGAGGCGGAAUUUGCUCGGAUCAUGUCAGUGGUCGAUCCGAAUGGUAAAGGAACGGUGACGUUCCAGUCGUUUGUGGACUUCAUGACCCGAGAGACCACUGAGACUGACUCUACUGAACAAGUCGCCGCCUCCUUCAGGAUCCUCGCUGGUGAUAAGCCAUAUAUAAUGAUUGAGGAGCUAAGGCGUGAGCUGCCUCCUGAACAGGCUGACUACUGCAUUGCCAGGAUGCCUCUAUACACCGGGCCUGAUGGAGUGCCAGGAGCCCUAGAUUACCAAGCCUUCUCUUCUGCCCUCUAUGGAGAGAGUGACCUUUAAACACACACACACACACACACACACACACACACACACAUACACAAACACACACACACACACACUUUUUUUUCUUUUUGAUUGCCAUGUGUUACACUACUGUUUCUAGCACUCCGUCCUUUGGCAACUUUCCCUAUGGUUAUCAACUACAACACAUCCUUUAAUCCAUGUGUAGACUAGCUGGAUUCUAACUAGCAGGUUCCAUGAAUCCAUGUAUAGACUAGUGUGCUACCUAGCUUUUACCUAGUUGCUAAUUAGCUACCAAGAAUAAAGUAGUGAUGUAUCAUCCGUAAAAACUUGUAUCUAAAAUAUUUCGAAAAAAAAUGUUUUUGAAACAAUAAAUAAUAAUAGCUUAUCCACUAUGUUUGCUGUUUUGAACAAUAAACAGCAUCAGAUUGAUUUCAGUGCAUUCUGGGUAAUUUCAGCUCCAGACUCACUCCUACUCUGUCUGCUUAUAUAAUUAAUUUAACAUAUCUCAUGAACUUCUUAAUGGGGCACAAUUGAAACACAGCUUUAUUUUUCUUUUGUUUAAAUAACAUGAAAAUCCCUUAUAGUUAAAAGUGAUCUGAUAAAAACUGGUUUAUAACUAAACAGGUAAUAAAAACGAGAAAUGUUAUGCUUUUGUUUCUGAAAUAGUAGAAAAUAGAAUAUUGUUUAAACACAAUAUAUUACUGAACUUUUAAACUUUUACUGAACUUUUAUUGUCGAGUCACCUUGAUGAUAGACUUCUGAAUCAGUUUUGUGCUUUUUGAAUGUGAAAUAAUAACACAGCAUCAGUCACCAUAAGCAUAAGAUGAUUUAUUUUGGGCUUCUUUUCUCCUAAGCAGUUAUUGUUGAUCAAG